AUGACGAAUAAUGAAAUGUUUUGUCAUGAUAAGGAUGGUUGGGGUCCUUGGAGACUUGAUAAAGGAGUUCCUGAUUUUACAGUUUGUUUCGAAGAAGGAGCUAUAAUAACCCCAAUCAAUUUAAUGUUGAUUCUACUUGGUUUUUAUGAAAUUCAUCGAUAUUCAAAGAAACACGCUGUUCUCCCUCAUCGUGCUUUAAAGAAUUGGCAUUAUAUCUCGAUAACGAUAACUAUGUAUAUGUUGAUCUUCUUAAGCAUAAUGAGUUUGUUACAUACGUUAUUAAGUCAAUGGAUAUUUUUGGAUAUCGUGAUCAUUUCAUCUCUCAUUAACGUUUGCGCAAUGAUCAUGGCUUUUUCGAUUCAUAAUAAAUCUUAUACGUAUAGUCACGUAUCCUCGUCACUGUUACUGUUAUACUGGCUCUUUUAUUCAGCUGCACAUGCCAUUAGAUUACGCACUUUGAUUAAUACGACGUCAAAUCUAUUGUAUUUUUCCAUGUUUUUAACUUCUAUGAUAUUGAUUUUGGUUGUAUUUGUGCUAGAAUUACUUCCUAAACCAAAAAAUGAUUACGAACUUAUUGACGACGAUGAAAACGUGAUUAUACAAAUUAUUAAGAAUCAGCAAAUAUAUUUUCAAGGACCAUCAUUGUUAAGAGCAUGCGCCUUUACAUUUGGAGGUCCAUUUUUAUUUGCAGCUGUAUUUAAAGCUUUACAGGAUUUAUUGAAUUUCGUUCAACCAGUUCUUUUGAGAGAACUUAUGAUAUUUGUGAAUAGUCAAGGCGAUGAAGUUAACAAACAACCACCUUAUAGAGGUUAUACUAUUGCGAUAUUAAUGUUUGUUACGGCAAUUUUUCAGACUAUGUUCUUGCAUCAAUAUUUCCAAUUAUGUUUUAUAAGAGCAGGAUUGGUAACCGCGAUAUAUAAAAAAUCGUUAAAAUUAUCUAAUUCUUCAAGACAAAAAUCAACUGUAGGAGAAAUUGUAAAUCAUAUGAGUGUUGAUGCACAAAAAUUAAUGGAUCUAUGUACUUAUUUGCACAUAGCAUGGUCAGGUCCAUUACAGAUUACGCUUGCUUUGUAUUUUCUAUAUAAAACGAUGGGUGUUAGUUCUUUUGCUGGUGUGUGUGUUAUGAUUAUGAUGGUUCCCAUUAAUGCAUUUAUAGCUCGUAAGAUGAGAACGUUACAAAAGAAACAAAUGAAAAAUAAAGAUGAUCGAAUUCGAUUGAUGAAUGAAAUCUUAAAUGGAAUUAAGGUUAUCAAACUUUAUGCCUGGGAAUCUGCUUUCCUAAAGAAGAUUUUCCACGUAAGAAAUGAUUUGGAAUUGGAAACAUUAAAGAAACUUGGAUAUUUGGCCUCAGCUCAAACUUUUACUUGGUCUUCAACUCCAUUUUUGGUAGCAUUUUCAACUUUUGCGGUUUAUGUGAUGAUAUCUGAUACCCCAUUAAAUGCACAGCUAGUUUUUGUGGCACUUGCACUUUUCAAUAUAUUACAAUUUCCGUUGGCAGUUUUCCCGAAUGUUAUAGCAUCAGGAGUCGAAGCAAGAGUUUCAUCGAAAAGACUUGAAAAAUUCUUGCAAGCGGAAGAAUUGGAUCCCAAAGCCGUUAUAAGACAGGAUUACCGUGCUAGAAAUUCCGACCAACCUAUUCAAAGUGCUGACGUUGAAUUAGUUUCUAUUAAAGAUGGAGUAUUCAAAUGGAAUAGAUUUAAUGGCGUUAUAUUGAAAAAUAUUGAUUUGAGUGUAAAGAAAGGAGAGUUGACUGCUAUUGUCGGUAGAGUUGGCGCGGGAAAAACAUCUUUGAUGUCGUCUUUAUUGGGUGAAAUGGAAAAAAUGCAAGGAGAGGUUGUUGUUCGUGGCCAUGUUGCUUACGUACCCCAGACACCAUGGAUUAUGAAUGCUACUUUACGAGAUAAUAUCACUUUCGGAUAUAAAUUUGAGCCCGAAUUUUAUAAUGAAGUCAUCGAGGCAUGUUCUUUGAAAUCUGAUAUUGCUAUUCUUCCAGGCGGUGAUUUGACGGAAAUUGGAGAGAAAGGAAUUAAUUUAUCCGGAGGUCAGAAAGCAAGGGUUGCUUUAGCUCGAGCCGUUUAUGCUAGAGCUGAUAUAUAUAUGUUUGAUGAUACAUUAUCUGCUGUUGAUGCUCAUGUUGGAAAACAUAUUUUCGAUAACGUGGUUGGUCCAAAUGGCCUUUUACGUACAAAAGCUCGUAUAUUUAUUACACACGGAAUUCACUACCUUUCACAAACAGAUUCUGUAGUAAUGAUACGAGACGGGCAAAUUAUAGAACAAGGACAUUUCGAUUCAUUAAUGAAGCUUAAAUCGGAAUUGUUUAAUCUCAUUACAGAGUUUGGUCAACAAGAAUCAACAGUUGAUUCGGAAGAAGUUGUUUCUUCUCCCACAACGUUGGAGACUUAUGAUAUAGACAAAGCAAAUAUCGGUCAAGAAUCAGAGGAAACUGCUAGUCGACCAAGAGAAAGGAGAGUCAGUGUUGCAAGUUUACAUAGGCGUCCUAGUCUGAUCACUGUGAGAAAUGGGAGAAAACAGGGUGAAGAAAUCGGGAAAGAUGGAUUAAUGACCAAAGAAGACAUGGUUAAAGGAAAAGUGGCAUGGAAAGUUUACUCGAAUUAUAUCAAAAGUUGUGGCAUUGGCGCAGUGAUAUUUUAUCUUUUCAUUUUGGUUAUUUCUGUUGGACUUUCAGUUAGUAACUCUAAAAACAGUAAUGAGGAUGUUUUGUUAUACUUGGCUAUAUAUGGCAUGAUUGGUUUUUCAUAUUCAAUAAUGACAAUAAUACAGACUAUUGUACUUUUGGUAUUGUGUACUAUUCGAGCGGCACGAAAGUUGCAUCAAGAAUUGUUGUAUGGCAUAAUAAGAUCACCCAUGUCAUUCUUUGAUAUAUAUACCAUAGAUGAAGUACUUCCACGUACAUUUGCGGGAUACUUUCGAACUCUUUUUUCAGUUAUAGCCACGAUUGUUGUGAUCUCAUUUUCAACACCGUUAUUUGUUUUUGUAAUCAUUCCGAUGAUCUUUAUGUAUAAUUAUAUCCAAACCUAUUAUUUAUCAACUUCGCGUGAAUUAAAACGAUUGGAUUCGGUUACGAGAUCGCCAAUUUACGCACAUUUUCAAGAAACAUUAGGAGGAGUUUCAACAAUAAGGGCAUAUCAACAAGCAAAUAGAUUCAUUGAAGAAAAUGAAGUUAGGUUGGAUACAAACCAAAGAGCAUAUUUUCCAUCAAUCUCUUGCAAUAGAUGGUUAGCCGUAAGGUUGGAAUUCUUGGGAUCCAUUAUUAUCUUUGGGGCGGCCAUUUUAGCAGUUAUUACAGUUCUUACAACUGGUAAUAUCGAUGCUGGACUUGUAGGAUUGUCAGUAUCAUACGCUCUUAGCGUUACUCAAGCUUUGAAUUGGGCCGUAAGGCAAUUCUGUGAAAUUGAAACAAAUGUUGUUUCUGUGGAAAGAGUUAAGGAGUAUAUUGACUUGCCAAGCGAAGCACCAGUUGUUAUACCUGAUAAUAGACCAGAUCCAACAUGGCCACAGAAUGGUUUAAUUCAAUAUCAAAAUUAUUCUACUAGAUAUCGACCAGAACUUGAAUUAGUCUUGAAAGGAGUUUCAUUUGUUAUUAAACCAAAAGAAAAAGUCGGUAUAGUUGGAAGAACUGGUGCAGGAAAAUCAAGUUUAACAUUAAGUUUGUUUAGAUUAAUUGAGGCCGUAGAUGGUGCCAUUGUAAUGGAUGGACUCGAUAUUUCUAAAAUUGGAUUGGAUGAUUUGAGAUCUAGGCUAACAAUCAUUCCACAAGAUCCCAUUCUAUUCGAAGGGACCAUUACAUUCAAUCUUGAUCCAUUUGAAGCGCAUGAAGAAGUAGAAAUUUGGCAAGCAUUACAAAGUGCACAUUUAAAAGAAUAUGUUUUGAACAUGGAAGGUAAAUUACAAGCCCAAGUAUUAGAAGGUGGCGAUAAUUUCAGUCAAGGGCAAAGACAAUUGUUAUGUUUGGCUAGAGCUUUAUUAAGGAGAUCCAAUGUUAUCGUUUUGGAUGAAGCUACUGCAAGUGUUGACGUAGAGACGGACUUCCAAAUUCAAAAUACCAUUCGAACCGAGUUUAAUUGGGCCACUUUACUUUGUAUUGCUCAUCGCUUAAGAACAAUAAUCGAUUACGAUAGGGUAUUGGUUCUUGGAAACGUUGCAGAAUUCGAUACACCAUAUAAUUUAUUACAAAAUUCGAAUAGUUUAUUCUAUAAAUUAUGUGAACAAAGUAAUGAAUUCGAAUUUCUAAAAGAACUUGCAACAAAGAAAGCAAGCAACGUAAAUGACGCGUGA